CAUACCAUCAAGCCUUCCCCAACUGGAAAGAAACUCCUGUUUAUGACAAUGACUUUUUGGAGGAAAUGAUUAACCAGCAACACUGCAUAAUGCAGUAGCCAGCCACCAAAGGCUACGCAAAACAGAGUCACUUGCAAAGAUACAGCGAUUUUGACAACAAACCACAGAGGAACCACACUGAAUCCUCAAAUGGCAUCUGAUUUGAUCCUUUUUGCCGUGUUUUGUCUCUCCACAUUGAAUGCAAUUUUCAAGUCCCAUAUGUGAGUCCGUCUCUGCCAUUGCUAUUACAUUACAGGAUUUUGAAACAGAAAAAUUACGCAUGUCACCUCACACAGGAAGUGGACAGCAACGUGAGUUACUGUCUAAACUGCUGAACUGCUGAUCAGAAGACGUUAACCGGUAAUCUCACAGAGCAGGUUACAGUCACCACUUACUUUCCAUAAUGGCAUCAAUGGUGAAGAGUGAGGUCAUUCUCUCAGUUUACGUCGCUUCCUUCCUGAUUGGUUUCCCUGCCAACCUCGUGGCUGUCUAUGCCUUCAGUAAGAAGAUCCACUCCAAGCCACGUCCAACAGACAUCCUGCUGCUCAAUCUCACCGUCUCCGACCUGCUCUUCUUGAUCAUCCUUCCUCUCAAGAUGCAUGAGGCAGCGUCUGGCAUGACAUGGACUCUGCCCAGCUUCAUGUGCUCCAUCACGUCCUUCUUCUUUUUCUCCACAAUCUACACCAGCUCGUUGAUACUGAUGGCAGUCAGUGUGGUGCGCUACACUGCAGUAGCAUUCCCCAUCACCUAUCAGCGGCUGCAAAAACCGGUGUAUGCGAUUAGUAUCUGUGCUGUUAUUUGGCUAAUCUCAGGAGCUCACUGCAGCAUCACUUUCAUCGCCCUACACCACCCAUCCCUGUCCAACAACAACUUCUCUGUGUGCUAUGAAAACUUCACAGAAAAACAGUUGGCGUUCCUCCUCCCGGCUCGCUUGGAGUUCUUUAUUGUGCUUUGCUUCAUACCCCUUCUAAUUUGUGUUUUUUGCUACUUGAACUGCAUCUAUAUUCUGUACCGACGACCCGGGAUAUCCCAGAAGCAGAAGCAGAAGGCCAUUGGCAUGGCCAUGGGGACUCUCGCUGUGUUCCUUAUUUGUGUUAUACCAUACAAUAUCUCUCAUUUAAUUGGUUACUUCCAGGGUAAAAGCCCAGAGUGGAGGUACUACGCCUUGCUGCUUAGCACAUUUAACACUUGUAUUGAUCCCAUCAUCUUCUACUUUUCUUCCUCCAGCCUCCGCUGCACAGGAAAAGAGUCCAUAUUCAGGAAACAUUGGUCUCCUGCUGUGGAAAUGGAAAGGCAGGGCACAAUGUCCAGCUAAGAGUAAAAUUUAUCUCC